GCCAACAACUACGUCACAGUUGCAUUUCUUUCCAUCUUCCCAUCUUUCCCUCUUUCUUUCUCUCGGGACUUCUCUCUCAUUUUCAAACUGCUCUUUACAUGGCGCUCAGAUUGCACCACCACAACUUUCUCUCGUUUAGGUGAUCAAAUUCAAUUCUCUAUUCUUCUUUCCAUUUCCGAAUCCACUCUCCUAAAAGCUUCAGCCAUUAGGUGAAGACACUUUAAUAAAAUAUUACAUUCUCUUGCACACUCCCUCAUGCAAGAGUCCUUUGGGGAGGCAAGGAUCCAAUUCUAAACCUCUUAGUCACAGACUUUGGUACCAUGAGAUGAACUAACUCUCCCAAUAGCUUAAAUUGUUAGAUGGAGGAACAUGAGUGGCUUUUUUGUAUUGCAUCUCUAACAGAAUUUCUUAUUACUUGAUGAUGGUAGUGUUUUUAUGUUUUAAAUAAUUGAAGUGUUUGCUAUACAGUUUUUGCGCAUCUGAUCUGAGUGUUAAACUUCUGAAAAUUGAAGUAUGUAUUCUCCCCCCUUCCCCAUUAAAUAUGAAAACUCUUGAAUAUUAUGAUGACUAUGAGAAUCAUAUUGUUUGAAUUUCUGGUCUAGUGUUUAAGGUAGAAACUUGUGUUGUAGCUUAAGUAAGAAAAUGUCAUAAAAUGACUGCAUACUUGAAAACUAGUUAUACUGUCUGCUGAUCUUUGAUGUACUUUUGUUCUAUAUGUUUCAUGGUUAUUUCAUUACUUAUUAUUUCUUUCUUUCUUUAUUUAGUUUUGAUAUUUUAUUCUACUCCCUAGUUGCCUUAAAAUUGUUAAAUAUUUUAUUGAUCUAGUUUACUUCAGCUAUCUGCUCCUCUGGAGAGUUUAAUUAGCAAAAAACUAUCAAAUAAGCAGCCGAAAGCAUAUGAAUGGUUUUGGUCCAAGCAAGUUCCAGAUGUAGUGACAUCCUUUGUUAAUAAGUUUGAAGGGGAUUCUUGCAUUACUGCUACCUCUGCCUUUUAUGUUUCACCUUAAAAUUUGUUUAUAUUGAAACAUUAGCUUUUAUUUUCCUAUUUCCUUCAAGCUUUGUAUUUAUUCUUAAAAGACAAUGCAGAAAUGACCUUUUAAUGGAUUUCCCAGAUCUGGAAAAAAUAUCUCCCUGGAUUUAAAAAGCCCAAGUAACAUAUCAGUUCUCAUGCUUGCACUGACAAGCUUUGCUGUAAUCACUAAACUUGGCCCGAGCUAAGUUUCCUGCUCAUAAUUCUUUUCAAUGAGCACGGAGAUAACUGGUAAUUUGAAGGACAUGCUGGUUGAUGUACUUUCUAUAAGCCGAGCUUACGAUACUAUAAAGUAUGUUGGUCUGCACAGAGAAUUUCUUGUUCAUUUUGGUCCUCAAGCCGCAGCAUGUGGAGAAAAAGUUGAGCAAGGUUCAGAAGGGGUUGCUUUCUGGGUUAAUAUUGCUCAGAGGCAGCUGCAGCAAGCUAUUGAUAAGGAGAGAAUAUGGUCAAGACUGACAACAUCUGAAAGUAUAGAGGUUUUGGAGAAGGAUUUAGCUAUAUUUGGGUUUUUUGUUGCUUUAGGCAGAAGUACACAGUCUUUUCUUUCAGCAAAUGGUUUCAAUACGCUAGAUGACCCAAUUGAAGAUUUCAUAAGGUAUCUUAUUGGAGGAAGUAUUUUAUAUUACCCUCAACUCUCAUCCAUAAGUUCAUAUCAACUGUAUGUGGAGGUGGUUUGUGAAGAGUUGGGUUGGCUUCCUUUUUAUCCCGGAAUCAUCAGCACUACAAAACAGUUACAUAUGCAUAAAAAUAAACAAGAAUGUCCUCCAAAUGAUGAAGUAGCGCCUCAAGCACUAGAUGUUUGUUCUCAUUGGAUGGAGAGCUUUAUAAAGUAUAGUACAUGGCUGGAGAGCCCUUCUAAUGUAAAAGCAGCUAAAUUUUUAUCAAAAGGGCACAAGAAGUUGGUGGAGUGCAUGGAAGAGCUUGGGAUGAUAAAGGAUAAGACAUUGGAGGUUAAUACCAAGGAAUCUGUUGAGAGACAAAGAUCUACACUUCACUCAACUGCAAAAGUAUCGGAUUCUUUUAAUGAGGCUUUGAAAAAAGUUGAAGAAGCUAUGCUAAGACUGGAGAAUUUGCUUCAAGAAUUGUAUGUAUCAAGUACUAGUUCUGGAAAAGAGCAUUUGAACAUCUGUUCUGAUCUGGAAAAAAUCCGUUAACUUAAGAAAGAAGCUGAAUUCCUGGAGGCAUCCUUUAGAGCAAAAGCUGAUUCUCUGCCACAGGGAGUUAAUGUUGAUCAGUCCCACACUCGAGUUGGUAAAAAUGAUGAGUAUGUUAAAAGGAAAAACAGAAAGAAUGCUACUAUGAAUAGGAGCAAAAGGAUUUGGUGAUUAUGGACAAAGGUGCCCGUUAUAGAGAUGAUGUUGGAGUUGUUCAGAUGGUCCAGGUUCAGAAGAAAAGAAAUAUCAUUGAAAAGUCUUUGGGCAAGCUAAAAGAAAUAGGAACAGAUAUCUGGCAAGGAACUCAACUUCUAGCUAUUGAUGCCACUGCCGCCAUGGGUUUACUUAGAAGUGUCCUGAUAGGGGAUGAAUUGACUGAGAAAGAGAAGAAAACACUGAAAAGAACCUUGACUGACAUGGCUUCUGGCUUCUAUUGUUCCCAUUGGAGUUUUAAUGCUUCUUCCAUUAAAUUUGUUCAUCUACUGUAUAUGUGUUUGGGGAGCAUCAACACUCCCCAAAAAAUGCUAUAUAUCUGUGUACCAAGGGAAGGUUCUGUUGGUCCUGCUUGUAUGUUAAUUGUCAAUUCUUGCUAGAGUGGCUACCAUUUUUUCCUAGUUACAGAGGUCUCAUUUAAAGGAGAGUUGGGGUUUUACAACAUUUUCUCCCCAGCCAAUAUGAUGCGAGUCCCAACCAUUUAAACUACAUGUUGGUAACACAUUAGUUUCUGUUAUGAACAUGCUGUCUGGCUUUUUUGACAAUAUUUACAGAGCAGUCUCUACAUGUUGGUAACAUCAUUUUCUACCAUUUUUGUCAAGCUGAUGUAUUUUACUAAUCAUCUUUCUUAUUAUGACGUAUGUCUGAUUGAA